ACAAACAGGAAAAGCAGGCUCCAUGCGGUCGGCUCCCUCUUGUCUUCCAGUAUCAGAAUUAGCCACCGGCAGCCUCGGGGCGGCAAGUGUACAAGCUUGAUCCAGAGACUUCUAGGUGUUGUUCGGUUUCUCCAAGGCUGUGCUGUUGUCUGAGGAGGAUUUUAUCUUUAGAUUUGAGUUAAUACUUUUACGAUAAUGCCCACAAUAAAGCUGCAGAGCUCUGAUGGAGAAAUCUUUGAGGUGGAUGUUGAGAUAGCCAAACAGUCUGUCACCAUUAAGACCAUGUUAGAAGAUUUGGGAAUGGAUGAUGAAGGAGAUGAUGACCCUGUUCCCCUCCCUAAUGUGAAUGCUGCCAUCCUCAAGAAGGUGAUUCAGUGGUGCACUCAUCACAAAGAUGACCCUCCUCCUCCUGAGGAUGAUGAGAACAAGGAGAAGAGGACAGAUGACAUUCCUGUAUGGGACCAGGAGUUCCUCAAAGUGGACCAGGGCACCUUGUUCGAACUCAUUCUGGCCGCCAACUAUUUGGAUAUCAAAGGCCUGCUAGAUGUCACCUGCAAGACAGUGGCCAACAUGAUCAAAGGCAAAACCCCAGAGGAGAUCAGGAAGACUUUCAACAUCAAAAAUGAUUUCACAGAGGAGGAGGAAGCCCAGGUACGCAAAGAGAACCAGUGGUGUGAAGAGAAGUAAAGGAGCACAUCCUGCCAACACUACCACACUGAAAAGGAUUGUCCAUGCUACCUGGUUGCACUGGAGUUGUUCAUAUAUGUUAAUAUUUACAUUUAGUAUAUUUAGAGUGACAUACCUCCCCUUCCCCUCCCCUCAGUUUCUAUAUACCAAUAGCAUGACCAUUUGAACUUGCCUGUGUGGUGUUACUAAUUUAAAUUAAGAAAACUGUUUCCACACACUCCUGUUGUGUAUUCACAUUAAAUAAAUAGUCCUGGUUUCAUGGCUUUGCCCAGGAAGAUUACAACAGUUUCCCUACUUUUAAUUGCUAUGGUUGUCUCUUUUUUACUGUGUUUUUCUUUUAGGUUAAUUUGUUAAAUAAAAAUGUUUUUGUUUUAUUUUGAAGUGAAAGGGUGAAAUCUUAUUUUUGCUCUCUAAAUGCUUCUGUUAUGUGAAACUUGAGAGGAUGGGCAGUUUUAAAGGAAGAGUUAAGUUUCAAGUGGGAAGGGUCUUUUAUUUCCCCAUUAUGUCCUUCGGACUCGAAGUACUCGUUGGGUAACUUAUUCCUAACUCGUGUUGUAUAGCAUAGGAACCUUUCCUCAGAUAAGCUCUGGCUUUUGGGAUGAUUAACCAUGUUGAAGGAGUAAAUAAAGUGCACAAAAAGAU